AUGGUCGCGGCCGUACUCGCGGCGGCUCCCAGUCUCUCAGCCGACUCAUCCGUCGUCGCGGCGGUCCCGGAGCUCCGGGACUACACGGGCGCGGCAUCGGCCCUUUUCGGGACGUACCGCGUGCCGGGGGCGCUCUUCGCCGGCGCGUCGGCGGGCGCGGCGUUCGCGAUGCCGCUCGACGACGUCGCGGACACGUUCAAGCUCGCGCUCUGCAAGCGCGCCUACGCGUUCCUGAUGGUCAGCUCCCUGACGAUGCAGAUGCAGGUCGUCUUGAUCUCGACGGUGGCCAUCGGCGCGCUCGCGAACCGCUUCGACGAGGAGCCGUCGCUCGGCGCGUUCCUGCGCCGGAACUUCGAGCUCGAGUACGUCGCGACGCGGCUGAACUUCUACGUCGGACUGACCUCGUUCCUCGUCGCGCUCGGCGUGCGAGCGUGGAUCUCCAUCGCGUGCCCCGUCGUCGCGAGGGCCGCGCUGCUCGUGAGCUUCUCCGGCGCGCUCCUGGGCCUCGCCUUCGACGACAACACGCACCCGCAGAACGACAUCGCCGUCCACCAGCUGCCGUGGCGCUACGCGCAGCUCUUAGCGCGCAAGGCGACCUCGAGCCCCGCCUACGCGGCCGCCGCGGCCGCGUCGCUGCUCUCGAUGGGCUACGUCGCCUGGGCGAUUCCCCACGUCGCGGCCUACGCCCGCGCGACCUUCCGGUAG